GAGUGUCCUUGGCACACCGCGCCCCAGCCCAGCUACUCACGACGCCCGGGCUGACUGGGUGCCCCGACGGCCGGGCAGGAUGGUGGUGUGCGGCCUGGCCUGCUGGCGGUGCCGGUGGCUCCUGCCCCUGCUGCUGGGGCUGGCCAUCAUCAUGGGCAUCAUCGCUCUGGCGGGCAGGGGCUGGCUGGAGUCCGAGUCGGCGCCCUACGUGCAGCAAGCGUCGCUGUGGGAGAGCUGCACCAGGGGCGAGGAGGAUCUCAACUGGAGCUGCGAGUCCCUCAUGGACUAUGGGUGGGGGAGAGCAGCAGCUGCCACGUACCUUGUUGGCUUUGUGAUCCUGGUCAUCUGCUUUGCCCUCGCGGUCAUUGCAUUCUCAAUUGAGAUACUCCGCUUCAACUUUGUGCGAGGAAUUGGAGGCUUGCUCUUUGUUGUUGCUGCUUUCCAGAUCAUUGGACUGGUCAUCUACCCAGUAAAAUUCGUAGAAGAAAUACCACUGACAGGAGAUAAUAUGUUCAGCUGGGCCUAUGGCUUUGGCUGGGCCAGCACUGUUGUUGUGAUAGGUUGUGCUUUCUUCUUCUGCUGCCUCCCCAACUGGGAAGAUGAAGUCCUGGGAAACAUCAAACCUACAUAUUACUACUCCUCCCCAGAGAGAGCACCAUACUUAAAUUGAAAGAUUAAAUCCACGGUCAACUGUCAAAAACAUCAGAGGAGCAUUUCUGGUGUAAAUUUGGUGCCUUUGUAGGCACUGAAAAAACUUGAUCCUAUUUCUCCAAAAUAUUUUUUGAUAGCCCUGGUAAUAAAUGAGUAAAAAUAUUGGCAUCUUUAAGCAAAUAGCUUUUACCUGAGGUAUUAUUUAUGUAUUCUUAUGUCAGUUCUGUUUGGGUGGCUUACUUGCUCCUCUCCCUCCCAGCUACCUGAGUCAUCCUUAUUUUAUUCAAACAUUUGCUUAUGAAUAAAGAUGUAAUGUUUCAGGUGUGGAAAGGAAGGGGCAAGAUUUGGGUAAUAGGUUGGAUGUGAUGAUCUCAAAGGUCCUUUCCAACUUGGUUAAUUCUGUGAUUUUGAGCAGCCCAUUAGAGAGAACUGCAAGCUGUUGUUUUCACCUCUGGUAAAAUGGCCUUAAAUGAAACUAGGAAAAACAACCUUCCUAAAAAUGCUUUUUGUUCCACCAAAGUCAGUCUCAAGGAAGGAACUUCCUUAAGACUUGCUUCUCAUUCCUGUCCUUGGGCUUUUGUUAUUAGCAUUUUGAAUUAAGGGGAAAAUAAAAUUUAACUUUAUUUUCCACCAGUUGAUGCUCUCGGAUGGAGAUGUCAUCUAAAGCAUGGAGCUGGUUUGUACAACAGUGGCUAAUGGAACACUUACUGGUUUGUUUUUUUUCUUUUCUGGCCACUACAGGACUUGUGAUGGAGCCACACAUAAUUUAGUAUCCAUUGUCCCAGAGAAAAUCAGUAUAAACUUUCAGUCAGGUGCUGAACUAUGUAGAUUUUUAUGUGGUAUUUGAGAGACUUAGAAAAUAUGUUUGAGGGGAAGCAGUGUUUCUUUGUCACUGCAGUGUUUUAAUUAGCACCCAUGCUUUGGAGGGAAAUCAUAGCACAGGUGUUAAAAGCCUCCAAAAGUUUCUAAAGCAUGAUGUAGAUACUCCCGAGUUUAAGAAACUCAGGGAAGCUUUGUGAGUCACUAGGGGUAACAGGUGAAAAUAGAAAAGCAGCUCUGUGAGCAAUUCAUGUAUGUGAACUUCACACAGAUACCUGUCUCAAGGAGUAAUGGAGGUGGAUCCUAGCUUGUGUUUCUGGAGCCAGCAAUUGCAAAUAAAUAGCCCAGCGAGGCAGAGCUGCAUCUGUGUUGGCCACGAACCUGCAGCAGCUUAUAGCAGAUGUAAGUCUAAGUUUUGUCAGAGCUUUCUUCAUCUGGGAAAGGAGAGGUUCUUUCAUGGAGCUUUUCUUUCAGCUAUUUCUGAGGGGAAAGCAAACGCUGUAUGCUACAAGCAGCUGGAGACUUCUUUCUUACUCUUGUGAACCCUGCCCUUAGGAGAGGGUGUGUGGAUGUCUGUGUGUUCAUGCACAGGUGCAAAACAGGACUUGGCAAAGCAUUAAGCAGCGUGCUGAAAAACUAACCUAGAACUAAGCUUUUUCAAUGCCCAGUAUUUCUUGUGUUAUAUAUUGUAUAGCUUUCUGUUUCGUAACACCUCUUCUAAUGGAGUAAUUUGAUAUAUUGCAUGUGAUCCUGUUUUGGAAAGGCCAGGUGACUUCCAAAGGUCUCUUCCAGGCCUGCAUUUUAUAACUUUGCAGAAUGUAAACAUCUGCAGACUGAAGAACUGUUACAAGCUCAGCUGUGGCAUAUACAAUCAACCGUAUUUAUGAUUCUUGAUGACAAACAUGUUUGGGGUUUUUGUUGUGUUUUUUUCCUUCCCUGUACAGUAUUGGCUGGUGGGGAGUGCUGUGUAAAUUUACCUGUAUCAUAAGGAGUGAUAGCACCUACUUUUCUAGUCAAUUCAAGAUAUAGCAAAGAAUCCCAAGGCUGGAAACCCCUUGCACUGCUAAAGGCAAGAAAAAGGAUGCCCUUUCUAAAGAGCUGGAGGAUAGUAUGGUAAUAGGGUGCAGCACAACUGAAAUCUUUUGUAUGUUUAUUUUUAUAAGCAUUGCCAUACCUUGUCACAAAAGCACAAAUGCAAAAUAAACUGGUCUCUGAAUGUACUGGGAAGGGUAGAAGCAUAAGCAGCAUGUGACACAAUUAAGAUGUUCAGGAGAAAGCUGUUGCAUAGAGUCAUUGGUUGCUCUCAAGUGACACUAAUGUAUGUGGCAUUGCACUGUGGUGGCUCUAUUAAAACUGUUGUAACUGAUGGCUGUUGAAAA